UAGGGAAUAGGGAAGGAAGAGAGAAGAGAAGGAAGAGAACGGAAGAAAUGAAGCAGCAAAAGAAAUAAAAAGUGUUGUUGUAUAGCGAUGACAGAUCUGGUAGAGGUAUUCCAAGGGGGACUAGAAGGUUAGAGAAGGGAGAUACUGGACAAUAAUAAUUAAGGAGAAGAAGAAAAGUGCAGAAGAGGAGGAGAGGUAUGGGAACUAGAGGGACGGAGAGCUUUUUGCACGGUGGCCCGGCGAGAGGUGGCGGAAGCCAUAGCAACCGAGAGGGUUGUCACGCUCGGUCCUGUACCUAGUUCGAGGAGUUGUGCCAAGCUUGGAUUUUUAUCCGACGGCAAAAGGCACAGUAAUCCGUCCACGCCGCGGCUCGUGUUAGCGCCAGAGCUUCGCGAGCCCCAGUCAUUGCAGCCGGUACGACCGUCGGAGUCGCAACACUGCUCUGUUUCAUAGAAAGGCCUUCUCUACACCUUUGUCUCCGAGAUCCCCUUCUAAAUUUGCCCUCUUCAAGAACUUCUCCAAGUAGAGUCGUUGCCGGAUUUGUUCGCAAAGCCCGAAGGUGAGCUAGGGGACGCCGGUGUUUAAGGCGGAGUGUUCCCACACCUUCCACUGCCACUUCCCCUGUAUUACUGCCGACGUCAAGAGCCACAACCAUCUCAGCUGCUUGUGUGUUGCACUGCCUAGCUCCAGGAAUCCUUCCUCUUGGUCAUGAACCGCCGUGACGAAGACACAGAGCGAAGGAUGGUUGGUGAGGCAGAUAACCGGAAUCCGGAAUCCCAAUCGGAGAACCUAUGGCGGAGGUAGAAGCGGUACAACCCAAGGUAGUGAGAAAUGGUUUGGCAUGAACAAAGUCAUGAGGAGACGCUGCUAGUAAACCGAGCGGUCAUGAGGGGACGUCGUUAUUCGCGAGUGGCCGUGAGGAGACCUGUGUUUUGGCCAAUUGCGUAGGACUAUCAGCGACUCGCGAGGUUGAGGACAGGACGUGAGAGAUGACGAGAAGGAAAGAAUGGUGUUCCGCCCGAUUUUGGGUGGAUAAAAAUUUGUUAACAAUUCAAUCGGUGGAUGGAUUCAUAAAUCCAUCCUUCGACUAUUUCAAAGUAAGUAAACAAGGGAAACGAUUAUUAGUCCAUCCGUUUGCAUGAAAUAAACAACAGAAAGUUUUCUGUACAGAAAACUUUCUUUAGUUUUUGAAUCCAUCAUACCAAGUGUUUCUUUUGCUUUUUGAUAAAAAAAAAUCAUCAUCACGUGAUUUGUCCGUGAGUAUGAGUGGUCCUAAAAGGAAAGGAUCAUUUAAAUUAAAUCGUACUCGCGUCAAAAUACCGCAGUUCUGUCCGCUUUCCUCUUCUUAUUCGGCUUUGGCCUUUCCAGCCGCGACAAAGGGAAAGGGCGAGUUGUUUUGGACGAUUAGAUCAUCGUUCAUGGCCUCGAGGAGGAUCAUCAAAGAACUCAAGGAUCUGCAGAAGGAUCCUCCUACUUCUUGCAGCGCUGGCCCUGUGGCUGAAGACAUGUUCCACUGGCAAGCUACGAUAAUGGGUCCAUCAGACAGUCCAUAUGCAGGGGGUGUUUUUCUCGUCACCAUCCACUUCCCUCCAGAUUAUCCAUUUAAGCCACCUAAGGUUGCUUUCAGGACCAAGGUUUUCCAUCCAAAUAUUAACAGCAAUGGAAGCAUUUGCCUGGACAUAUUAAAGGAGCAAUGGAGUCCUGCUUUAACUAUUUCCAAGGUGCUGCUGUCAAUUUGCUCCCUCUUAACUGAUCCAAAUCCAGACGAUCCUUUGGUUCCUGAAAUUGCCCAUAUGUACAAGACAGAUAGGACCAAGUACGAGACCACCGCUAGGAGCUGGACCCAGAGGUAUGCAAUGGGCUAAGACACACCAAAGAAAGUUGGAAGUUCCAUUUGGUUCAGUGUCUGAUGGUUGUAUUAGCUAUUUAUUUAUAAGAAUUAUUUAUAACAUUCAAAUCGAACUGUGCUGCUUGUGUCACGUAACUGACUUAAAAAUUAGCUAGAAAAAGUGUCCACUGCAGACUCAUCAGACUGUUGUUGUAUUUUAUUGUUUAUAUGAUAACUAUAUUUGAACA